AUGCCUUGCCUGAUCCAUGACGUGGCCCGCGGGGGGUUCGCCAAGCUCUUCUACAGAGACCUUGACUCGAUAUGCCGCGACACGAUGGAUGGGGAAGCGUUCAUGGAUCAGGUUACGAGCCGCGGCUCCAGCGAUGUGGUGAGCAUCCGAGGCCCGGGCAUGCAUCAACCAGAUGAUUGCUUCUGUUGUUUGGACGAUUACUUCUAUGGUGUUGUUCUAGAGGUGGCAUAUUCGCAAAAGUCCGAGGAGCUCGAGAAAUUGGCUCAGUUCUACCUGUUCGAAUCCUAUCUGAAUAUUCGAAAGGUCAUUGGCAUCUCCUUUGGCUACUUUCGGUCCAAGCGAAUCACUGUGCACGUCUGGAAACGCGACAAUUCUGGUAAAACCGCCAGUGGUCAACUUCGACACUACUCCCGAGAAGUGCGAACCGAGGCCGGCGCGCAGGUCCCUGGUCCUCCUCUCAAAAUUUCUGUGUUCGACAUAGCACCCCCGGCUCUCGUACCGUCUUCGCUCCAUGGCGCAACUAUCCAGAUCCCGCUGGACAAACUCUGUCACUACAUCGAGAAAGCGGAGCUCGCAGACGCGGAAGUUAAGAAGAGGAUGGAGGCACUACAAUCUCAGCGUUUGAAUGGCUUGGACCGCGGUGAUGAUGACUCUUCCCAGGAGAAUGAGGAUGAAGAUGGCGCAGGCACAAAGACACUUGAUGAAGAUUAUGUUCCAAGCCGAGUCGGUCGCAAAGACCCUGAGUCAGGUCGGUCUCCAAUCCGAACCCGUAGCCGGACUAGCGGCGCAUUCAGCGACUGA